UUUUUUUUUCCUUUUUUUCUUCAUAUUUACUUAUUUACUUCGUUCUUUUUCGACGCGUUCAGAAAUUUCUAUCUCUCUUCUAAACUCCUCUAGAAUAACUAACUUCCUGUGAGAUCUUUUGAAAAUUAUAUGAUGCCUAUAGACCAGACAUUUGAUGGCUUUAUUGAAACCACUACGGAUGCACUAUUGAUUUUCGAAGCAUGUCGUAGAGGUAUCCUACCCAAGAUAAGCCGUCGUUUACAAGAUAAAGAAAGGAGCAUUAUUCGCUCUGGAGCAGUCUUCGUGUUUGACGAAAAAGAAUCAGGUAUCAAGCGAUGGACAGAUGGUCUUGUAUGGAGCCCAUCACGUAUCCUCGGAAAUUUUCUAAUUUAUAGAGAGUUAGAUGGACGAGAAACAGCACAACAGAAAAGCAAUCAGUUAAAUACUAUGGCCGAUUCAAAACAAAUACCCACUGGUUCAGCAGUCUUUUCUGAACCACAACAACUUUGCCGGAGCUUGACAGAUACUUACUAUACUGGUAGUAACAUACAUCAAGUGAAUGCAGUAACCAAAAUAACCGAAAACCGAAGCAGAGAACGUAAUCUAGUAGGAUCUCUUACUGACAGUUACAAGUUUCGGAGAGGGGGUCUUAUCAAAAAAACAAUAAGUGUACACCUAAACGGUUCUACCCAACAUCUUGUUAGCUAUUACAAUAAGACAGAUGUAGUUGAAUGUCAGUUAGCAACGCCGUCAGUAGUACAUGAACUUUCAGCUCUUCAAAUUUCUCCAGAUCUAUUACUCAAGCAAAGUUUCAGGGUGCCGCCUUCAGUAGAAUUUGCUGAACUUAUAAUCAAACGACCGAGCUUGUCACCUUCUUCAACGAAUUCUACAAUAACUUGCUGUUCUACGACACCCGUUUCUUCAAGAAGGGUUUCUAAUACUAACGAUAAUCUUUCUUCACUGCCAUAUCUACCUGAAACUUACGAUUUUCACCAUCAUCCUGCCAAUAGAUAUCCAUUGUCUAUGAACUAUUUCCAGACUACGUCCAGUACUGAAGAGUUAGGUCUGAAUUAUUUAGCAAUGCACAAUAAGGAGACCGAUGGCAAUGAGUGUAUUCGAGGACGCACUUCGACUUCAUUCGCUAUACUUUCAAAUAACAAAUUUGAGAAUAAUGUUGUAGUGAACCCGCCACAUUCACUUAGUGGCAACUGCAUUUCCUUAUCACAUAAUAAUAUGCAACAAAAAGCUUCAAACGGGGCCCCACAACCCUAUAAGUCGCAAAAACUAACCUUUUCAAUGCCACCAUCGUCAGUAUACGAAGAAGAUCCGGGUCAUAGCAAUACUAAUGCACACAGUCCUUUGGCUUUCACAUCUUACGCGAUGUCAAGUUCUUCUUCAAAUUACGAAAUUAAUAGGUUACAUCAACAACAGCAACGAGAAUCAUCAUAUUUACAUGCAGUUUCCUCAGCAAAUGCUGAUCAGCUGUUUGAAGCUAACGAUGGAAAUCUUCCAGAAAACACUUGCACUACUCCUGUUGCGCAGUAUCGUGCUACUAAAGAUGAUCCCUCGUUUUCUCGUCGGAAUCAGACAUACGGAAUGGAGUGUUCAGUUUCUGCUCAGCAUUUGCCUUCUGUCAGUACGACUUCAUCGGUACCAAUAAUUUCUUCAAAUGUACCUUUAUGGUAUACGCCGCAACCAUAUCAAACUGAAACGACUACAGUGCCUUAUGCCUGAUCGUUGAAUAAAUAGCUUGCAACACGCAGUGAAUAGUAAGUUCGUAAAACAGCAAUCUAAACGCACCCAAGCAAUUUUACGCGAAUAUUUAUGAAGACGUCGAGGUUAAAACCGCUUGUAAUAUCCUUCCAUAUUUAUAAAUCUCUCUUUUAUCAUUUAAUCGAAAAAGUCAUAGUAA